GUGAGAGAGUGUUUAGUUUCUUUACUCUAGAAUAGCUAGUUUCACGGGAAUUUGUGAUAAAAAUAGUUUAUUUAGCAAAUUAUCCUAGCAUUUAUCUACGAUGUCGUCUGUAUGCUGUGGAACUAAAAAACAAAAACUAAAUCAUUCUUAUAGUAACAAUGUUGAUCGACCUUUGAAUGGUUACCACGAUUCUGUAGCAAUACUCGAUAUGUGUUAUUUUUGUUUUGAUGUUUUAUACUGCCAGUUACACAGUAUGGAACCACCGCAGACGCCCAAAUUCACAAACGAGGCCUAUCCUUUAUUUGUGACUUGGAAGAUCGGGAAAGAGCACCGUCUAAGGGGAUGCAUUGGGACCUUCAACGCUAUGCACUUACAUUCAGGCCUGCGUGAAUAUGCUAUUACAAGUGCUCUGAGAGACUCUCGAUUUUCUCCUAUAACAAGAGAGGAAGUUCCGCGGCUCUCUGUCUCGGUGUCAAUCCUGCAGCAUUUUGAAGAAGCUGAACAUUACCUUGAUUGGAAACUGGGCAAGCACGGCAUCCGCAUAGAAUUUGUCAGUGAGCGUGGAAGUAAACGUACGGCUACAUACUUACCUCAAGUUGCUACUGAGCAAGGUUGGGACCAAAUACAAACAAUAGAUUCUUUACUAAGGAAGGGUGGUUACAAAGCUGCAAUAACAGCAGAUUUGCGACGCAGCAUCAAACUAACUCGAUAUCAGUCUGAGGAGGUUUCCGCCUCAUACACUGAUUAUGUGAACCGGCGUUGCUAACGCCCGCCAUUCGAGAGCCCUUACUACGGAG